AUGAGUGGUAUCAAUGCUUUCUCUGCAGCGCCUUCCAAGCCUUUUUUCCUGACUGCCCCGCCAUUCUACUCAGCCUGCUGUGGUGGGUCCUGUCGGCGCCCCGCAUCCCCCACUGUUUUUCCAAAUGAGGACAGUGUGCUGCCUCUCCUGGCACAGGACUCGAACUCCAAAGCUCGGAGGGGCAUUUUAAGAAGAGCCGUCUUUUCUGAGGACCAGAGAAAGGCGCUGGAGAAAAUGUUUCAGAAGCAGAAAUAUAUCAGCAAAAUAGACCGGAAGAAACUUGCCAUCAACUUGGGACUAAAGGAAUCACAGGUGAAAAUUUGGUUUCAGAACAGAAGGAUGAAGUGGCGGAAUUCCAAAGAGAAGGAAGUGCUUUCCAACAGGUGUGCCCAAGAAGUGGGCCUUCAGGAGGACCCCCUCUCGUGCUCCGCUCUGGGCUUCCCUUCUCCGUGUCCUUCCCUCUGGGACAGCUCCCAACAGCACUCGAGUCCCAGGUGGAGGGAGAAUUUUCCUGAACCUCCAGAAAGACUAAUCCAGGAGAGUUCGGGGGCACAGCCCCCAGAAGCCAAUUCACUGCGAGGUGCCUUAUAUCUGGGUUCUGAAGAGGAAGCUGGAGACAAGGGCGUACUUACCGUCUGAAUGGAAGCGUUCCUCCACGUUAAUUUAAAAGAACACUUAACUCAUAAUGUUUGGACUCUAAAGCCAACUAGCUUGUGCCUCAUCAGUGCCUAAAACCUAACACCGUUGGAGUGAUGCAGGAACUAACGCUUUAGGAAGCUUUUUCCAGUGUUCUGUAUUUGGGUCUUAAGACUCAGACUUAAUUUGUAAGUGGAAUAGAAUCUCCCAGAAAGUAUGAUGGAAGUGAAAAAUGAGAGUGGUAGUUGGCUCAGUCCACAUACGUGUAUAUAUAUAUGAUGUAUCUCUAUGUGUAUAUGUAUAUAAAUAGUCAUUAAAAUACAUUAGUAGAAACACCAGUUCCUCUUUAAAUCCUGCAUUGAGCAAAUUUAUCUCCUUUUACAUGAAGAAAAACCAACCAUUGACCAAAUGUUAUUAAUUUUUAAAAAAUACUAUAAAAGUUGGAUUUUAGUCCAAAUUUGUAUAUCAUCAGAACAUGUUUUUAAAAUUUUUCUAUUUUCUGGUUUCAUUCAGGAACCAGCUGUAAAUGAGUUUUAACAACUCAGCAUUCCCAAUCAAAUGAGCCACUGCUGGAUACAUACAUUGAAAGUGUAUGUUUAAAAUUAAUCCAACAAGCAAACUAGAAGAAUUUCUGAAUGUACCUGUUAGUAUUCUUAAUUUCCAAGUCUCUGGAUUUUAUCAGGCCGUCAGUGAGGGAGGUACCCAUUUAACCAAUGAUUAUCUUUUGAGCUCUUUUCUCUAAGGAUGGGCCUUAAUCAGGGUUUGCAAAAUAAAAUGCCUCUAAGGGCCUGACAGAUU